AUGCCUUCAACCGGUACAAGCCGGAGAAAGUGGGAUGAUCAGGGAUGCAAAGUUACAGCACUGGACAUCCAAGCCUUGGAGGUAUCUGAUAUACAAGGGGAGUCCUACUCCCGGCUACACUUCCUGAAAGGUGACAUCACAGACGAGGAAUCCGUCCGAUCCAAUAUUGCGCAGGCCAGCAAGCGAUUUGGGCCUAUCAACAUCUUGAUCGCAAAUGCGGGCAUCACAGAUGAAAGCAAAAACUACCCUAUCUGGGAGUUGCCAGCAGAGAUCUGGGAUCAGACGUAUCGAGUCAAUGUUCGAGGAACAUUCCUGACAAUCAAGCAUUUCUUGCGAGCAGCACGAGUGUCUCAACAGACGCUUGGUAAAGAGUUGGACAACCUAGCUAUCGUGCUAACCGGAAGCGAAACGGGCAAGUUUGGUCAGGAAGGCCAUGUCGAGUACGCAUCUGGGAAGGCUGGCUUGCAGUAUGGCCUGGUCCGAAGUGUGAAGAAUGAAAUAGUUCGCCUCAAUAGCAAGGCACGGAUCAAUGCUGUUGCACCUGGAUGGGUAGAUAUGCCCUUGAUAGAAGGCAGGCUCGAUGAUCCCAAGGAGAUGUGGGCUGAGGCCCAAGCUACGGUACCUCUGAAGAAAAUCGCAAGACCAGAGGACAUAGCCCGUACGAUGGCUUUCUUGGCCUCUCACCGCGCGGCAGGACACAUAUCAGGACAGUGCUUAAGUGUCGACGGAGGAAUGGAAGGUCGCUUGAUCUGGAAGGAGAGCGAAGCCGUCAGAGAGACAGAGGACCGAGUCGAUCACUCCGAGUCGAGUAUAGUCCAAUCAAUUCCAAGGGCUGUAUCAAAGCCCAAGCAGAAUAAAAUCCGGAUAGCCGUCUCCAUUGACCUAGACGCAGUGUCUGGAUGGCUAGGGACAGGUCAGCACCCCGACAACAUCCUAGCAGACUACUCCUCCGGAUUUUUCGCCGCCAAAGUCGGAGUUCCACGUCUCUUAAGGAUGCUCAAAAAGCUCGACCUAGCCGAUCGUUGCACCUGGUUCAUCCCGGGCCACUCCGCGGAGAGCUUCCCAGAGGAGGUGCAACACGUAGUCGAGUCAGGUUGUGAGAUAGGACUUCACGGCUACGCCCACGAAGGAGCAUACCAACUGACAGUCGAGCAAGAACGGGACGUGCUUACCCGAUGUAUCGACAUUGCAACCAAACUAACAGGCAAGAAACCCGUCGGAUACCGCGCACCUCUAUACCAACUGCGCGAGUCAACAUUAGACCUAUUAGAAGAGUACGGAUUCGAAUAUGACGCUUCCCUAACAGACCACGACUGCCACCCUUUCUUCGCCCCAAAACGUCCACCCCUCCAACCCAUCAAUUUCUCCCUCCCCGCCUCGACCUGGAUGCACCCCAUCCCACCUACAGCAGAAGAUCGCCGGCCCCUCGUCUGCAUCCCCUGCAACUGGUACAUGGAAGACAUGACCCCCAUGCAGUUCCUUCCUCACACGCACAAUUCGCACGGCUACACCGAUGUCCGCGUGGUCGAGAACCUCUGGCGGGAUCGCUUCCUGUGGAUUCGCGAGAAUGAGGACGAGCCCAUCUUCCCCGUUCUGAUGCACCCAGAUACUAGCGGUAUGGCGCAUGUGAUCGGGAUGUUGGAGCGGUUGCUGACGUGGUUGAAGGGGUGGGGGGAUGAGGUUGAGUUUUGUCAGACGGGAGAGAUUGCGAGGUGGUUUAGGGAGCGGGAGUUGGGGAGUAGUGAGAGUUCGUGA